AUGCCGAGGACAAGGAGGUUGCGCGGCGGAUUCCGGCUGGGCCGCAAGCUGCUGACCGCGUGGCGGUGGGCGCUCUGCGGCCGGAGCCGGCGCCGGGGCGGCUACCUCCGCCUCGACACGCCGUGCCCGGUGGAGGGCAGGGAGGCCAAGAAGCUGGCGCCGGUGCUGCGGUGGGGGCGGUCGCUGGCGCGGCUCCUCAGCCUCGGCCGUACGGACCGCGGCCAGCGAACGCUCGGCGGCGGCGGCGGCGACGAGGCGGUGAAGACCCCCAAGGGGCAGGUGGCGGUGUACGUCGGCGGUGGCGGGCCCGGGGAGCCGCUGCGGUACGUGGUGCCGGUGGUGUACUUCAACCACCCCAUGUUCGGGGAGCUGCUGAGGGAGGCGGAGGAGGCGUUCGGCUUCCAGCACCCCGGCGGUAUCACCAUCCCCUGCGCCGCCGCCAAGUUCGAGCGCGCCGCCGCCGUGGCCGCCGGAGGGAAGAAGGGGUUCGCCAGGUGGUAG